AGGGCCCACGUGACCAGGCCGGGGAAAGGUGGGGGCCGGCAGUGGAGGGAGCCGGCGCUCUUGCCGCCGCCUCCUCCUCCUCCGCCGCCGCCGCCGCUCUGCGUCUCUCUCGCUCUCUCUCUCUGAGCGUGCCAAUCUUGUGGGCCCGUCCGGCGGCGCAGAGAGGGGAGGGGGCGGGGAGGCGGAUCCAUCAUGGCGUCUAUGCAGAAGAGGCUACAGAAAGAGUUAUUGGCAUUGCAGAAUGACCCACCACCAGGAAUGACCUUGAAUGAAAAAAGUGUCCAAAAUUCAAUUACACAGUGGAUUGUAGACAUGGAAGGUGCUCCUGGAACAUUAUAUGAAGGGGAGAAAUUUCAGCUGCUGUUUAAAUUCAGUAGUCGCUAUCCAUUUGACUCUCCUCAGGUUAUCUUUACAGGUGAAAAUAUUCCUGUUCAUCCUCAUGUUUAUAGCAAUGGUCAUAUCUGUUUAUCAAUUCUAACAGAAGACUGGUCUCCAGCUCUUUCAGUGCAAUCAGUUUGUCUUAGCAUUAUUAGCAUGCUUUCCAGCUGCAAAGAAAAGAGACGACCACCAGAUAAUUCAUUUUAUGUAAGAACGUGUAACAAGAAUCCAAAGAAGACAAAAUGGUGGUAUCAUGAUGACACUUGUUGAUGCCACCGUUUUGUGAUUCUCCUAACAGAAGAUAGUCCUACUGAGAAAAUGAGCACUUUGAUCAUUCAGUCUUUGAACUUUAACCUCCUGACUGGAAGUGAGAAAUAGGCAAUGAAGACUACUUCCUUUGACUGCAUUUUUACUCGUGUGCAUUCUGGGCGCAUGUUGAUCGCUGGUUCAGUCCAUGCUACUGAAAUGCUUUCUUUUUUAGUCAUACAGUAUUAAUGCAGGUGUUGGAAAAAUGUCAGAAUACAAUUUUUUAAACUUUUGGAAGAAUUUCAGGUCUUCAUGUAUUGUGCAAUAAUAUGAAUUUCUUGACGGUUUUGGUGUAACCAUUGCCGGAAAUAGAUUGUAUCAGGAAACUUAUACCCCUGCCACAAGAAAAGUUAGAUGCAUGAUAGGGCCUAUGAAAAGUUUUAAAUAUAUUGGGAUUAUAUUUACUUUGAAAGCCACCUAAUCGUUUAGAAAUGAUUCUGUGCACUGUGAUCAUAAAACUGGCAGCGUGAGUUAAAACAUGCUUAGCUAAAGAACUAAUAAGAUCAUUGCAUAUUUAUCGAAGUGUCAGUGUCUUGACAAGGAAAAAAAAUUCACGUUAUAUCAGCAGAGAGGUACAAUACUACGUUAUCCCUAUGGUGAAAUAAAUACCUUUUUAUUGUGUAUAUUAUAUUUCUGAAGCAAAGGGUAUGAGUAAAAUAGAGUAGAAAUGAUAUAAUCAAGGCAAACUUUGUUUUGUGAAUGGAACGGAUGGCAGUGAUACAACUGAAUUUGCUGCAGUCCAUAAUUGGGCUUGUUAAUAUGUACACUAGAGCUGUUUUCCAAGUAGAUUGCACACUGUUACUUCAUACUAGCCUUCAGCAUGAGCCCUGUUGCCUACACAAUAUUUCAUUUAUUUAUAUGUUCAUUUUUUGUUGGAGUUCAUUGUUCUUUUGUUGUGUUGUAUGUCAUAUUUGAAUGUUACAAAACAAUAUUUUCACUGAAAAGCUGUCAGAAGAUAUUUUCUUGUAAAUUAUUUCUUUACCUUGUAAACAUUUAUCUUGUCUUUUAAUCCUGUACUAUAAAGGAAGAAAUACAUUUUGGACAGAGAUGAACUGUUUUGACAAAAAAAAAAGUGUGGAUCUUUUUAUUUAUGCUUAAGACAAAAAUAUAUUUUUCUUACCUUCCUUAUCCCAUACAGCCAUAGAUUUUUUCCAGUUUUUUCUCCAAUGAUCUGACUACAACUAGAUCUACCUUUUUAUAUAGAAAAAAGAAACAAUUGUUAAAUAGUAGUGAAUUGUUCUUCACCUAUGUAAUUUUAUGGUAUUUCAUCUAGGCUGUCUUUUUAGGAAGCACUGAUGUGUCUUUUAUAAACUUCCUACCUUUA